AUGGCUUCAAAAUUACAUAGAGUUCGUUAUUACAAUCCGAAACCUGAACCAAUUAAUUGUGUCUCCUUCAGUAAAACUAAUAAAACACUAGGGAUAGCGAGAGCUGAUGCAUCAAUUGAGAUAUGGGAUUUAAAUUACACUCCAUAUUUAAUUAAAUUUAUACCUGGUGCCGAAAAUACGUCUGUAGAAGCACUUGGAUGGGUGCACAACAGAUUGUUAUCUACAGGACUUGGUGGUGCCCUAUUGGAAUGGGAUCUUAAUACUUUAAGUAUUAAAAAUACAGUAAUAUUAACAGGAUAUGCUGCUUGGUGUCUGGAUGUCAACCAAAGCGACACAUUAGUAGCUGUGGGUACUGAACAGGGAUAUAUUAAUUUGUAUAGUGUGGAGAAUGAUGAAAUUGUAUAUAAGAAGCUCUUUGAUAAGCAAGAAGGUCGCAUAAUGUGCUGCAAGUUUGAUAAAACAGGAAAUGUAUUAGUAACAGGGUCUACUGAUACAAUAAGAGUGUGGAAUGUAGAGACUGGUCAUGCUACUUGCCGCAUUUCUGUUAGCAGACGUGGGAAAGAGACAAUUGUGUGGUGCCUCGCAGUACUCUCAGAUAACACUAUUGUAUCUGGUGAUAGCCAUGGCAGGCUUACGUUUUGGGAUGGAACUAUUGGAGACCAGAUAGAGUCAUAUACAACGCACAAAUCAGAUAUACUAUCUGUAGUGGUUUCUGAUGAUGAGAAAAGCUUAUACUGCAGUGGAGUAGACCCAGUUAUUAUGAACUUUAUAAAAGUAAGCAAGGGUUCUGGCAAAAUAUCUGGUGCUCAAUGGGUGAAGAAUGUACAGAGGAAUAUUCAUGAGCAUGAUGUUAGAGCUCUUGUUAUAAAUGGAGAUAAACUGGUGUCAGUUGGAGCUGAUGGGUAUCUUACACUGUCAAGCUAUCCACCGAAAUGGGUUAUGAGGAUACCGCCUAUGAUUCCUGCAAUCAGAUCGUCAGUGUGUGCUGAAAAAAAGCUUCUGUUGUUAAGAUAUUCCAACCACUUAGAGAUCUGGAAACUAGGGUCCUAUGCUACUAAUGAAAGUGGAAAUGUAUUGAUUUCCAAUGUUAACGUGAAACAAAACUUAGAUGAAGAACAUGAAAACAAUCAACUUGAACAGGACACAGCGGUAGCUGAUUAUAAAAAAGUUAAUAUGGAAUCCAAUGAACAUUCGCAAAGGCUAAAAUUAACAGAAAAACCAGUACAAUUGGUUUCAGUAAAUACAAAAAAGAACAAACAAAUUCUAAGUUGUCAAUUAUCGCCAAAUGGAGAGUUUAUUGUUUAUUCUACCGACAGUGAUGUCAGGAUGCUUAAAUUAGAUACAGAAGAUGAGAGUAAUAUAUCAUUAACAAAAGUUUUAAUAAGUGGGUUGUCCACAAUGUGCGACCGUAUUGCAUUCACUGAGGAUUCUCAAACAAUGCUGGUACAUUCCUGCGGAGAAAUAAAAGUACUGCAUGUGGAUUCUGAGGCUGGUGCAACUGUUGUACAAACAAUUUCAACUGACAAAUAUUUUAGGAGCAAAACUGCUUUACAUCUGCAUGUAUCAAAGAAAAGUCCUUCGAAAGUUACUUACUUGGUUGUAGCAGAUACAGAGGGCACGAUAGUGGUUUGGGUGCUAAAUGGCAAGAAGUUUGAACAUCAUGUUACUUUACCUAAGUACCGAUGCGUUCCCGCAGCGUUAACGAUCGACAAUGAAACUCAAAGUCUUAUUGUCGCUUACGUAGAUCAAAAGUUAGUCGAGUACGACUUGUUAAGCAAGAAAUUCACGGAAUGGCCGGGAGAGGCGCUUCCGGCUCAAUGGCGUUCUCGCCAAAACGCCAUUACUUCUAUUAGUGUGCAUCCAAAAAAAGACGCGCUAGUAUUUCAAGACGAAACAUCUCUUUGGGUUAUGCAUAAAAGCUUACAGAAUUCCAAUCACGAACCAAAAGCAAAAAGGAAAUCAAACAAGAACAGCUCAAGUAUGAACCUUAAGAUUAUACCUAUAAAGUAUUUAGCUGGAUUCCAUUGGGUCGGGGAAGACGAAGCAGUCACGUUGGAAAUUCUACCGGAAAAUAUAGUUUCGCAACUUCCACCAGUUUUAGCCAUUAAGAGACACAAUAUGGGAUAA